AUGCAUCGUGCCACCCCUUCCUCAUCCUCUUCCGCGUCCUCGUCCUCUUCAACGAUGUCUUCCAAGGAACGUAAACUCACUCGAGAACAGCUCUUGCAAAGUCUGGAGAUCCUUGGUCCGCUCACCGUCCCACUAUCCCCAUACCUUCCGCCAUCGCCUCCCGUUUCUCGCGACAACUCACCCAAUCCACUCAAGCGCCGCCUCGAUACUGACUCUGACGAGAGUCAAAGAAAGAAACCUCGCGUCAACUCGUCAGCCAAGCCAUCUAACUCCGACCCGUCUGCCUCGCACCCGACACCUUCUACGUCUCGCUCUUCCCGUCAGCACGAGCCUUCAGAAGAUGGCGAAGUCCGUGAAGAGACUUCCAAUCCGAUCACGGCCAUCCCACAUUAUGUUCCUGUGCGUCGCCCUCGUCGGGGUAAUAGACUUCCGUACGACGACAUCUACGUGAAGUACCAUUCCCUUGGGCGUACGUUGAAGUACUCCGGCGAGACUCGUCUUUGGUCCACAUACCCUCCGACCUACCCGGAUUAUCAACCUUUGGUUACUCCGAUUCCCGUCACUUCUCCGUACCACAAGUACGGAUCCUUGCUUGCGCGUAUCGAGCUGGUUGAUGCUCUCAUCAACUUCGUUUACGCGAUAUGGGCAAAGGAUUACAGCCGCCCCGGGUACAUCCGGGCAUGGAGUACGGUCGAUGGAUAUCUUAACUUCACGAAGGAUAAGUGGAUCAAGGAGGACUGUGAUGAGCGGGAGAAGGUUUUCCUGGGACUGAUUUACAUGAUUGAAGGUUUUAUUCGCGGGCGCGAGUCGACCCACGGAUCAAAGCAGAUCGACGAAGGGAAUGAAUGGAUCAUGAAGCGACUUAAGAUACAAGCCGCUGCUGAGGUCGCCCGUGAGGCUGCGGCUGCUGAGGCGGCCCGUGCAGCUGUUACCGCGUCGCAGCUGACUCCCCCCAUGCUCCCUUCUCCUGUGAGUGUCACUUCUGGCAGCAGUAGCAAUUCCACGCCCACCACGAAGCAAGAGCCUACGUCAGCACCUUCGUCUGCUACCAGCGCAAAAUCCCAGGGGAAGCCUACUCGCCAGGAAGAUCCUCUUCCGCCAAAGCAUAUCACGGUACCGGUGCAUUCACAUUUCAUACAGGACCGCAAGACGCAAAGCAACGGCGUACAUGGUGCAGUCGUUGCGUUCGACCACGCGCAGCGCUUCUUGACACUCCCGAUCCUCGCUAAGCAUUAUCCACGCACUUUCGCGCGCACGGUCUACACCAGCUUGACCGCCACGGAUGAGCACGAGCCCGACUUCGAUGAUGAUGAAUGCGAACUGUUCUGGCCGGGUCAGGCCCUGGCCGGUCGGGGCCUCGGGUGGGUGUGCUUGAUGGGCAAGUCAUUGAUCAACGAGUUCAGCAAGCCCUAUGGGUACCGCGGGAUCGACGGUGUAAUUCUCAAAUUGGACGGGGACAGCGGCGUGGGUGACGGGACGAUACCCGCAUCUACUCCGCCAUCGCAGCGUAAACGCAUGGCCGCUGCCGCCGAUCCGUCUGCACCGCGGUAG